AUGGAAAUACCUAUUCUUCAAGAGUCCAUACCCCUGUUCUUUACUUGUUGCCUUACUCAACCUAGCUCCCAGAGAGGCAGACCAUUACAGCACCCUUCCCCCUCAAGCUCUAUUCAUCCCGAGAAAAAAGUCCUUGCUGCCCCAUUGUUCAAGUUCAAACCAAGUGUGUUGAUAAACAACUCCCCUCCCCCUCCCACCUGCCCACACCCCUGCCCCUCCAAAAGCCCACCAAUGGCCCAUGGCCUGGAGGAAACCUCCCAGCAUUCAAGGCCAGGUGGAAUCCUCCCAGUCUUGAAGACCAGGAGGAAUCCCUCCCGGCUUCAAGGCUUGAAAGGCCUUGAAGGACAUGGGCUUUUAUCCCAGUUGUCAAGUGCAUUCUCAAUUACUUGUGUGAGGGGAUGGAUUCCUCCCCGUCAUCAAGACCAUAAAGUCUUGACAACUGACUAUGGGGUUUCAAAGGCCUGGAGGCUCCUGGUCUUUGAGACUGUAAAAGCCUCAAAGGCCGGGAGGUUUCCUCCUGGCCAUCAAGGCCAUUCAAGCCUCAAAGGCCUGGAGGUAAAGCUCCUGGCCCUCCAGGCCAGAGUCAAACAGCAUCCGUCUGAUCUGGAUACCGCCUACUGGACUAAACUAACCAACUGGAAUUGCCGCAUGCCCCCAGGGCCCCCAGUCUGGUCACCACACCGUGUCAAUUUAAUGAUUCAAUUAACUCCUCCCACUCGCUCGUGCUGA